GUCCUAUUGCAUCCAAAUCCUACAGUUUGCGUUCACAUAUAAUACGUGUAAAUGUAGAUGACGGUCAAGUAACCUUUUUUAAAUGCAAUUUUUCUCCUGAAUGCUCUUUUUGAAUAUAAAAAAUUCUUUAAAGCAAUAACUUUAAAGUUGAUUUUUUUUUCAUUCAAAGUGUAUUUAGGGGAGAAAAGUUAAAAAAAUGUAACAUGACCUCAUAAACACACAGUGCUUUGUAUUGUUAUUAUGAAAUAAAAUAACAUGCUAAUUGCGGACGCAGGGUUAGCGUGGCGUCUAUCAAAGUAGUGGCAGUCAGCAGUCAGUCGUCUAUCAACUAUCAUCUUUGCGCACGGCAUCUAUAGGGCAGAGAUUCAUUGAGUGGCAUCUUUUUGCGUUUACUUCAGUUAUUACUGACUAUUGAACACUAUUUUGGGCUUGUAAAUCUGUCUAAAGUGGGAUAUAGAAGCGGAAAAGAACUGAGAAAAUGACGACGAAUCAGGUAAAAGUGGGAAGUGGUUGGCCUAGGAGAUCGAGCAACAGUUCCUUCGACGGCAAACUGCCACCUAACCCUUCGGUCACUAUCAAUCGGACGAUAAAUUUAUAUCCUUUGACAAACUAUACAUUCGGAACAAAAGAGCCUUUAUUUGAGAAAGAUCCGUCAGUGCCAGCUCGAUUUCAGCGAAUGAGAGAUGAAUUUGACAAGAUUGGAAUGCGUCGCAGUGUUGAAGGAGUUCUGCUUGUUCAUGAACAUGGUUUACCACAUGUACUUAUGCUUCAGCUUGGGACCACAUUCUUUAAAUUACCUGGUGGAGAGUUGAAUACAGGUGAAGAUGAAGUUGAGGGCCUUAAAAGGCUUCUUACAGAGAUUCUUGGACGUCAGGAUGGUAUAAAACAAGAGUGGCUUAUUGAAGAUACUAUUGGAAAUUGGUGGAGACCAAACUUUGAACCACCUCAAUAUCCAUACAUUCCACCUCAUAUAACAAAACCAAAGGAACAUAAACGCUUAUUUUUAGUCCAAUUGCAAGAAAAAGCUCUAGUAGCAGUACCUAAAAAUUACAAGUUGGUAGCAGCUCCAUUGUUUGAACUAUAUGAUAAUUCACAAGGAUAUGGACCAAUAAUUUCAUCCCUGCCACAAGCACUUUGUAGAUUUAAUUUUAUUUACAUGUAAGGAAAAAAUGUGCAUAAUUUUUUAUUAUUAUGAACUGGAAAAUAAUUCAAAUUGAUGUAUUGAGACCAUUGAGUUUACAGAUGAUUGAACAUUAUCUGUAAGGUAUGAAUGCAAUGUCAAUCUUACUAAUAAAUUUUCUAAUAUU